AAAAAAAAAAAAAAAAGCAAGGGUGGUAAAGGACUCGGCAAAGGAGGCGCUAAGCGUCACCGCAAGGUGCUUCGCGAUAACAUCCAGGGGAUCACCAAGCCGGCUAUUCGCCGUCUGGCUCGCCGUGGUGGUGUAAAGCGUAUUUCUGGUCUGAUUUAUGAAGAGACUCGCGGUGUGCUAAAGGUGUUUCUGGAGAACGUGAUCCGCGACGCCGUCACUUACACCGAGCAUGCCAAGAGAAAGACCGUGACCGCUAUGGAUGUGGUAUAUGCCCUGAAACGCCAGGGACGUACCCUGUACGGCUUCGGCGGUUAAACGCUCUAACACCGAACGACGCGAAUACAACGGCUCUUUUAAGAGCCACCCACGUAUCUAGAAAAAGAGCUGUUCC